AUCGAGAGUUUCUCCUCUUAAAGAAGUAACGAUCCCAAGAUUAGAAUUAUGCGCCGCACAAUUACUUUCACGUCUUUACAACGAAUCGGUGUCGGCAUUCGAUUUUCCAAUUUCUCAAAUUAUAUUUUGGACGGAUUCAACCAUCGUCCUUCAAUGGUUGAAGCGGUCACCACAAUCUCUCAAGGUCUUUGAGGCUAAUCGAGUCAUGGAAAUCCAAUCAUUAGGUGAUAAGGUCGAAUGGCGGCACGUUCGUACUAAAGACAAUCCGGCUGACGCUUUAUCCAGGGGACAACUUCCUGCGGAAUUUUUAACUAACAAAUUAUGGUUUAAGGGUCCUCAUUGGCUCAAACUUGACCACAAGAAAUGGCCUAUCUCCAUUUCGACAAUUCCAUCUGAAUUACCCGGUCUUAGAAAAAACACUUGUCUAUUUGCCACCUGCACAGACAUGUUUCAACGUUUCUCUUCUUACACAACUCUUAUACAUUCAAUCGCAUACUGUUUGCGCAUGCGUAAAUCUAACAAGUUUAAGGGCAAGGGCUUAGAGGUUACAGAAAAAUUACAAGCAGAAACGAAAAUACUGCUUUUGAUUCAAAACGAACAAUACAGUUAUGAAAUUGAACAAAUAAGGGAGACAGGGGAAACAAAAAACCUCCGGUUAAGGGGUCUUAAUCCUUUCAUAGACCAGCAUGGUCUUCUUCGAGUUGGUGGACGUCUAAAACACGCUCCUAUUUCCUUUACUGAAAAACAUCCUAUCUUGUUACCUUCUACUCACCAUGUGACAGAUCUAAUAAUUCGUGAAACGCACACGAAAACUUAUCAUUCUGGUAUUCAGAGUACACUUUAUAAUAUCCGACAUAGGUUCUGGUUGCUCGAUGGAAAAAAUCAAGUCCGUCGAAUAGUAAGGCGAUGUGUCGACUGUAUUCGACAUCGCCCAGUUUUAUUGCAUGGUAAAAUGGCAGACUUACCAAGUGCACGUGUCACUGAUUCAGCUGCAUUUUCUCAUGUAGGAGUGGAUUAUUUUGGACCUGUAUCUAUUAAGGAAAAGAAAUUUAGAAAUCGGACUAUUAUUAAGGCGUAUGGUUGUGUCUUUAUUUGCAUGGCUACCAAAGCUGUACAUCUCGAAAUCGUAAGCGAUAUGACGACUGAGGGAUUUUUGGGUGCCUUCGGACGAUUUAUCGGUCGUCGAGGCGUUCCAUCUCAUGUUUAUUCAGAUAAUGGAACUAAUUUUGUAGGCGCAAACAAUGAACUCCGAGAACUAUAUUAUUUACUUGAAUCUGAACAGCAUCAGGGCAGAGUUAAGGAAUAUGCCGUACGUAAAAACAUUACUUGGCAAUUUAACCCACCAUUGUCUCCACACUUUGGAGGCAUUUGGGAGGCUGCCGUCAAAUCUUUCAAACAUCAUUUUAGACGAGUCGUAAAAAAUCAAAUUCUUACAUUCGAAGAAUUAAACACUCUUGCAGGGCAAAUCGAGUCAAUCCUUAACUCUCGACCUUUAUGCUCCUUAUCUAGUGAUCCUAACGAUCCACUAGCAUUGACACCUGCUCAUGUUUUAAUUGGUCGCCCUCUCACCAUGCUACCUGAAAAUGAUCUUUCUGAUGUUCCAGAUAAUCGUCUCAACGCUUGGCAAUUUAUUACCAAGGCUCGCCAGCAUUUUUGGCAACGCUGGUACUUGGAGUACCUCAGCGAACUUCAAAAACGUCAAAAAUGGCAUUCGUCCCAAGGAGAACUGAAACCCGACCAGGUCGUUCUCAUCAUGGACAAAAAUCAACCUUGCAUGCGGUGGCAACUGGGAGUGGUCGUCGAGGUCCAUCCAGGCGAGGAUGGAGUUACCCGAGUCGCAACUGUUCGAACAGCACACGGACUCUAUAAAAGAAAUAUUACUGUCUUAUGUCCUCUACCGGACAAUACAUGA